AUGGCUCAUCGGCUCGCCGCUAGGGGCGCCGACCUCGAGGCAUUGUCGCCUCGUGAUGCCAAUGCUCAGCGCAUGCCCAAGCACGCCGAUGUCAAGACCAAGACAGCCGCCCAGCUCAAGGCCGCCAAGGACAAGGAGCACCCGCCGCCGCCGCCGCCCGAGGUCUUGGAGCCCUCAUCCAGCGAGCGGCCUAACGGGGCCAUCUACCAGACAGGCAAGCUGCUCGGCAAGGGUGGCUUUGCCAUCUGCUACACCGGUCACCUGCAGCCCUCCAACAAGGUCUACGCCCUCAAAAUUGUCAAGAGUCAUAUGCCGCCCAAGAUGGAGCAAAAGUUCCAAACCGAGCUCCAAAUACACUCCAAGAUGAAGCACAAGAAUAUCGUCCAAUUCUGGCGCGCCUUUUCGUUUCAGAAUAGCACGUACCUCGUCCUCGAGCUCUGCCCCAACGGCUCGCUCAUGGACAUGGUCAAGCGCCGCAAGGGAUUGACGGAGCCCGAAGUCCGGUUUUACUCGGUGCAGAUUGCCGGCGCCAUCAAAUAUAUGCACAGCAAGGGCAUUAUCCACAGAGACUUGAAAAUGGGCAACAUCUUUCUGGAUGCUCAAAUGAAUGCUAAAAUUGGCGACUUUGGUCUUGCUGCGCUCCUUGUUACGGGCAGGGACAUGCACACCAUCCGUCGCACGACACUUUGUGGAACUCCAAACUACAUUGCGCCUGAGAUUCUCGAAAAGGGCAAAAAGGGCCACGAUCACAUGGUUGACAUAUGGUCUCUAGGCAUCAUCAUGUUUGCCAUGUUUACUUCCAAGCCACCUUUCCAAUCAUCCACUACAGAUGAAAUCUACCGUCGCGCAAGAGAGCGCGACUAUGAAUGGCCCGUCAAUGACGCUACACGCUACAUCAGUGAGGAGGCCAAGGAUCUCGUAGCCACCAUGCUGGAGGACGCCGACCAACGGCCCGAACCAGACACCAUAAUUCAACACCCCUUCUUCACAAUUGGCUUCACACCAAGAGAGUCGGAAAUGAGCUCCCGCUUACGUGAAAUGGCCCCUGAUAGGCAAGAAUUCUACGGCCGUCUGCCCUCGGCCAUGCGCACACAAUCCAUGCGAAAUCUCAAAGAUCUCUGCCGCGAAUCCGGCAUUGGCACCCUGUCGCAUGUUCAAGUUCUUCAUACGCAAAUUUGGAAGGAGAUGGCUGCCGAGGAAAAGGCUGGCCUCACCCCCGUCAUUCCUUUAGCCGAAGACAUCGUCUAUACGCCAUUUGAUGACUGGAUCAAGGAGCAGCAGCAACUACGCCUGAAACAGUCUGUAUCUGCGCCAACGAUGGUUGCACCCACAACUGCACCCGAAAAGACGAGUCUUCUCCGUCAGCCUCCUCAGAGUUUUGCUGCUCAACAAAGAGCCCAAAACCGGCCAUCUAUUGCACCGCCAGCAAAACCCAUCUCUACAGAGGCAUCCUCGCAAAGCACUCGGGUCAGGCGCGCGGAAUCUAUUUCUACAGAGGCACAUUCACAAAGCACUCGGGUCAAGCGGGCCGAAUCCAUUCCUGCAGAGGCACCCUCACAAGGCACUCGGGUCAAGCGUACAGAUUCGUUGGCACUGCGUCCCAAGGAGGCGCCCGAUUCCAUCAGAAGCGUGCGCCCGGCGAUACGCACCGCCCUUCCUUCUAUCCGCUCAGCACCAAACAUUCAUCUUGUCGAGCGCUCAGCUACUCUGACAGCUUCGGCAUCCGCAAGUCUAGGCCACUCGCGGCAAAACUCUGACUCCAUCCAUACCACCACUCUUUUCAGUCCUUUGGAGAAGCUCACUCAAGUCGCUGGCACCAACCCCGAUGUCGUGCUCGAACGCCUUCGCAGGUUAGAGACUGAGCUGGAGCGUGCCCUCAACGCGCGCUCUAUGGCCAUCAUCUCUUCCAAGACAGUCACGCCCUCACCACCGCACAUUGUGGUCAAAUGGGUAGACUACACCAACAAGUUUGGUCUUGGCUAUAUCCUCAACGAUGGCGGUGUCGGUUGUAUUCUUCGUGACAUUCCCACCACCGAAGGCAGCAAGACUGCCCUUCUUCCUCCUGCCGGCGUCUUCAUCCGCGGCGCCGAGAGACAUAUUCUUCGGCGCCAAGACGAAUCAUACCCCGAGAGAAACCAGCCGGUCCCCAUGUCCCAGUCGAUUACCUUUUUCGAAAACAAGGGCGAGGCUGGUCUGACCGAAGUCUCGCUAUCGCCCGAGCAGUUUCGCGUAGCGGUCAAUGAAGACGGCACGGCGGGCAAGAUGAACCCGGGCCGCGACAUUUACCAGCACAGAAAACGGGAGCGCAUCAUUUUGUGGAAAAAGUUUGCCAACUACAUGAUUGCCUAUGGACGCGACGAAGCCAUUGCCGAGGAACCUGCUGCCAAGAGCCAAAAGGCCACACCUUCUGAGCUCGUCACGUUCUACCAGCGCUUUGGCGACGUAGGCUGCUGGGCCUUUUGCGACGGCCACCUCCAGUUCAACUUUCCAGACCACACCAAAAUUGUGCUCGAUGCCACGGGGACGUGGUGCCACUUUUGGCACCUGCCCCAGGACGCGGCUGAGCGCCUCGCCGAGACGGGCACAAUUGGCGCCGCGGCCCUCGACGACCGCGCAACGCUCUCGUAUCCGUUGCAGACGCUGCUCAACUUUCAGGCGCCCGCCCGCGCGACAAUGGCCGUUAACUCGACGCGGUCGACCAGGAAGCGACCCGAGAUUGACCCGGAGCUGCAGGGCAUCCCCGCCGCCAACGAUUUCCGCCGCAAGAUUGACUUUAUCCGCACCGUCGUCAAGGAGUGGGUUUCGAAUGGCGGGCUCGGCAACAGCUCCAUGGCGCGCGAACGGCGCCUCCGGUGGCGCGGACAUCGCGAGACUAUUCACAGCACGGCGCCGCAAAAGCACGUCUGGGUCACGAUUGGCGCGCGAUGGGGUGACCAGCGCAUAUCUACCUUUGUUGACCCCCUCAGGCCGUGGGAACUAGGCGCCGAGGUCGAGGCCAAAAAGUGA